UCAUGCCCAGGGAGCCCCCGUGUAGGUAAGAUUGUCAUGGCCGCUGCCGCCAAGCACCUGACCCCUGUCACCCUGGAGCUGGGGGGCAAGAACCCCUGCUACGUGGAUGACGACUGUGACCCUCAAAUUGUGGCCAACCGUGUGGCCUUCUUCCGCUACUUCAACACUGGCCAGACCUGCGUGGCCCCCGAUUAUGUCCUGUGCAGCCCUGAAAUGCAGGAGCGGCUGCUGCCCGCCCUGCAGAGCGCCAUCACCCGUUUCUUUGGUGACGACCCACAGAGCUCCCCAAACCUGGGCCGCAUCAUCAGCCAAAAACAAUUCCAGAGGCUCCAGGGAUUGCUGGGCUGUGGCCGUGUGGCCGUCGGUGGCCAGAGCGACGAGAGUGACCGCUACAUUGCCCCCACGGUGCUGGUGGAUGUGCGGGAGACGGAGCCCGUGAUGCAGGAGGAGAUCUUCGGGCCCAUCCUGCCCAUCGUGAACGUCAGGGGCCUGGACGAGGCCGUGGACUUCAUCAACCGGCGGGAGAAGCCCCUGGCCCUGUACGCCUUCUCCAACAGCAACCAGGUGGGGCUGGGCGGGGCUGGGCAGUGAGGCAACAGGGACUUCAGGGUGGGGCCCCCUGGGCUCUGACGUCCCCCAGUCUGGGACACACUCUCCUGGGCCUUCAGCGGGUGGGGCC